AUGUCCAAGCCUACCUACUACACAUUCGGCAUGUCCGUUUGGGCUGCCGCCGGAGAACUUGCCAUCGCCGACCUCGAGUACCCCGCCGACGCCAUCGAUGUCAAGGUCGUCAACCUCGCUGAAGGCGCCAACUUUACGCCCGAGUUCCUCGCCAUCAACCCGAACGGCACGCUCCCGACGCUCGUCGCGGACGGCAAAGCGUACACGUCCACCAAGCAGGUGAUCAAGUACCUUAUCGAGCACGCCCCGCGCAAGGCCGCGAAGGGAACCGCACUCCGGGACACCCUUCAGGAGGCGCAGCUCGACCCCAACGCGCCCAUGCUGCUCGCGCGCAAUGACGAGCAGCUGAAGGCACUCGCGUCCGGCUUCCCGCUGAUCUUCCUCCAGAACCGCCAAGACUCGCUCGAGAAGCACAGCGCGUUGCCCGCGGCCGCCGACUUCCAGGAGUUCUACACCGGCAAGAAGGCGGUCAACGGCGGUCUGCUCGCCGUCUUCAAGGGCGCCGCGCCCGACGCCGCCAAGGCCGGCACGAUCACCGCGUUCAUCAUGACCGAGCUCCCGACGCUCCUGCCCGAGUCUGGGUUCCUCGGGGGCGAGACCCCGGGCGAGGACGACUACCACCUCGGCGCGUGGCUCGCGCGGAUCGCGAUGUUCACCGGGGGCUCCGUCGCGGACGGGGGCCCGGUGCCGCCGAAGGUGGAGGCGUACUGGAAGGCGUGGGCGGCGAGGCCGGCGUUCCAGAAGGUGUACGAGAAGGGCUUGCAUUAA